UUUUAUGUAAAGUCAUGCUUGUAAUAAAGGUACUAUAAUUUGAUAAUUCAAAGUUCUUAAAUAAGGUCUUAGGUACAUAGAAGGCUUUUUGUUUUUCGCAGGUGUAUAAGUUGAAUAGGUACACUUUAUACAGAAUUUAGUUCAAUCUCCUCAUUUUAGGAGUGAUAAGUUAUAUGACUUUUCUGUGGUCACAUAUUGUUGGAAGAAUUGUAAUUGAAGCAUUGUUCCAGGGAACUAAUUUCCAGAGCAGUGUGAUUGGUAAAAGUGAAGAAUAUGGUGCAGCCUUGAAAGUGUUAGAAAAGGAAUACAAACUAGUAAUUUGAAUUUUUAAUGCAAUGUAGUAUUAAUUUAGGGAAGUGCAAAAAAUAUGUAAAUGUGUUUUAUGUAGUUAGAUAUUUAAUAACAAGCAUUAUAAUUGGUUUAGUUGACUUCACUAAAAGGGAGACAGGCUUAAAAAAUUCUCUGUUGUUUAAAAAAUUUUUGAAAUUAAUAAAAUUAAAAACAUUCAAGAAUUUAAAAAAUAUGCUUUGGGCAUGGAAAAAACUGGCUAGAGCUUUAUUUUCCCUUAUGAGUUUAAUGAAAUCAAUUUUUGGAGUUUUUAAUUUUAAUUGGUAAAUUUAAGGAGGACAUGUUAACUAACAUUUAAUGUACUGUUUACUGUUCCUGAGUACUAGUCUACACUUAACAUUUAUUAACUCAUUUAACCCUCACUGCUACUCUAGGAGGUAGGUUAUUUCUUUCAUUUUAUAGACUAGGAAAAUGAGGUUACCCUAGUUCAUAGUUUGGUAAAUAAUUGUUGUCAGGAUUCCUAUCUAGGGAGUGUCAUUCUAGAACCAGGUUCUGAAACCUCUCAUUUAUAGCAACCAUUUUUGAAAUUUGGUAAUCUGAUAUAAAGGAACUGAUACCAGAACCACCAAGGAAUUCUAUAGUAUAUCUACUUACAUAAUGAAGCAGAUUUGAUAAGGCCAUAUUUUAAUAUGAAUCAGGUUAUGGAGGAAACAGUUAUCUAUCUAUGUUAAAUUCAUUAUUUUUUCCCAUUGCAUUUUUAUUAGGAAUGUCUGUGUUAGAGUUGAUUAAACACUGCCAUGUGGUAUCUGAAAGGAAAAGAAAUCUUACUGAAUUAAAUCUAUUAUCUAUUUUCUUGCAUUUGAAGGUCAUUAAUAGAUGGGAAUCUUCCUGUUGUUAGAAACAUAUAAUGGGUACAUUUUGAGUUGUUGAGCAUGUUUUUAAUGGUCUUCCUACUGCAUUAUCUCUUUUGUUGAUGAGCUUAUUGCAUCAGAGUUAGAGAAAUCUUUAAGUACUGAUACAGAAAGCCUUCCAGUACAUAAAGAUUUAUCUAAUUUUUAGAAGUGUAUGUAUAGUAUGUACUUACAUACUAUGUAUAUUGGGAAUUUUUUUUUAAAAGCAGCACAGGUGAUUGUGAUGAUGAGCUGGGUUUAAGACCCCUGCACUAGUAGGCAACACUUUUUCAGUGAAAUUCCAUGUCUAAGAUAAUUUUAUAUAUGUAGUCAGAAAAUGAUAUACUAAUUAUUCUUAACAACUUUUGCUUUUCCUUUUUUCUUUUCUUAUUUCUCUCCAAUUGUUUAUGCCAACGUGGCUUCAUUCAUACCGAUUUCCCAAGGAUUGGGAGAGCAGCAUAAAAUUAGAAUCAGCCAGCUGAUUGCCCAGCAGGAUGUGGUCAACUAUCCAAGAACAGAGCCUGAAGGACCCUGAGAUUGCAAAACUCUUCUCCAAAGAAGAUCCAGGGAAGCGCUUCACAGAUCUCAGAAAAGUUGGCCAGGGAGGCUAUGGAACAGUGUUCUUUGCACGAGAUGUGCACACCUAUGACAUGGUGGCUAUCAAGAUAAUACCUUAUAGUGGAAAGAGGGCUAUGGAGAGUUGGCAGGGUAUUAUUAAGGAAGUCAGGUGCCUACGAACAUUAAAACAUCCCAACAUUGUAGAAUACAAAGGCUGCUAUUUACGUGAGCACAGAGCAUGGCUUGUAAUGGAAUAUUGUUCAGGAUCUGUUUCAGAUUUGCUGGAAUUUCCCAAAAUGCCAAUACAAGAAAUGGAAAUAGCAGCAAUUAUACACGGUGCUCUUCAGGGAUUAGCCUACUUACAUUCUCAUGGCAUGAUCCAUAGAGACAUCAAAGCAAGAAAUAUCCUUCUGACACCACGAGGCCAGGUGAAACUUGCUGACUUUGGAUUUGCUUCCAUGGCCUCUACUUCCAAGACUUUUGUGGGAACACCGCAUUGGAUGGCCCCAGAAAUAAUUUUAGGCAGGAAUGAAGAACAAUAUGAUAGCAAAGUAGAUGUAUGGUCUCUGGGGAUAACAUGUAUUGAAAUAGCGGAAAGGGAGCCUCCUUUAUUUGCUAUGAAUGCAAGGCAUGCCUUAUAUCUCAUUACCAGAAAUAACCCCCCUACACUACAGUCUAAUGAAUGGUCCAGUUCUUUUCACAACUUUGUAGAGGCUUGCCUCCAGAAAAACCCUGAAGAUCGCCCUACAUCAAAGACACUUUUAAAGCACCCAUUUCUUCUUCGGGAGCACCCUACAACAGUGGUAACAGAUCUCCUUCAAAGGGCAAAGGAAGAAAAAAGAAGAAUGCUGGACGAUCUGUGCAAUCAAAAGACGAAGAAGGUCCUUUCCCAGGAGGCACAUAAAGGGCCAGCAGUAGAAGCACAGGAAGAAAAGGACCAAGAUCACGGUGUUGGACAGGCAGGAGCAGUGCACAAUAUUGGAAGUCAUCAGUCUGUUCCCCGUAUGUGCAGCAGGACCAGGAGUCAAAGCGGUGGGGUUGACAUUCUUCAGGAUGCCUCGGGUAACAAGGAUGAGCUACCCGUGAUGGAGGGAAUCGAAACAAUUACGUCUAAUGAUUCUGCCAUCCGUUCAAGACCUGUUACAAGGGAAAUGCCAGAACAUGAGCAGGAAAGUCAGCUCAGAGAACAAAUGUCUGGCUGUAAGAGAAUGACACAGCAACAUCAGAAACAGCUGGUGAAUCUGGUAAAAAAGUUAAAGGCUGAGAUGGAUGAGCAUCGCCUCACAUUAGAGAAAGACCUUGAAACUCAGCGUAAGACCUUUGCUGCAAAAAUGAAGAAGCUUCUCAAGAAACACCAGGCGGCAGUGGAAAAAGAGGCUAAAGUGAUGUGCAAAAAGGUGAAAAAAUUUCAGCAACGUAUUCAGGCUGAGCAGAAGAAAGAACUGGAUAGCCUUUUGAAGACCCAGAAGAGAGAAUACAAACUUCGAAAGGAACAGCUUAAGGAGGAGCUGAAUGAAAACAAGAGCACCCCAAGAAAAGAAAGAGAGGAAUGGCUUUCAAAGCAGAAAGAGAACAUACAGCAUUUCCAAGAAGAGGAAAAGACCAAUCUUCUUCAGCAUCAGAGCCGGUACCUAGAGCUGCAAUGCCGUCUCUUCGAAAGAAAGUUGUUACUUGGGUGCCACAACUUGGAGCAGGACCUUGUCAGGGAGGAAUUAAAUAAAAGAAAGGAUCAAAAGGACUUAGAGCAUGCAAUGCUACUGCGACAGCAUGAAUCCACGCAAGAACUGGAGUUCCGCCACCUCAACACAGUGCAGAAGAUGCGCUGUGAGUUGAUGAGUCUGCAGCAUCAAACCGAGCUCACUGACCAGCUGGGGCGUAAUAAACGGAGAGAGCGAGAACUAAGGCGGAAGCAUGUCAUGCAGGUUCGUCAGCAGCCUAAGAGUCUGAAGCCGCAUUUGGAUGAAGCACAGGAGGCAGAGUGCCAGGCUUUGAAAACGCAGCUGCAGCAGGAACUGGAGCUGUUGACUGAACUUCAGAGCAAGAUCAAAAUGCAGGCUGAGGCACAAGACGCUCAGGAGCUUCGAGAGCUUGAACAGAGGGUCUCCCUCCGCAAGGCACUCUUAAAACAACAGAUUGAAGAAGAGAAACUGACAUCACAGAAUGAGUGCACUGAAAGGAUACGAAGCCUGCUGGAGCGUCGAGCAAAAGAGAUGAAAGCUGUCGACUUUGAAAGUGAGGGACUAGGUUUUAGAAACAUCCAUUCUAACCUUGCCCCUGAAGCAUUCAGCCACAGCUCCCCCAGAGCUCCUCACAGGGGGCAUCCCAUAGGUGGCCUACCACAAGCCUGGGGCCAUCCAGUGCAAGGUGGGCCCAGCCAUGCAGGUCACCCUUCUGAGCCAAUGCAUGGGGUACCCCGAGGUAGCACUAUGGGAGUUCGCAAUAGCCUUCGGGUUCUGAGGCGGACAGCUGCCGGAGGAUGUACGGAACACGGCAUGAACAGAAGCACCAGUGUCACUUGACAAAUAUCCAAUGGGUCACACAUGUCUCACACGUAACUUAAUAAUUGAGAAUGGCGAGGAGGAGCCAAGAUGGUGCCGUGAGUAGGACAGCGGAAAUUUCCUCCCAAAAACAUACAUAUUUUUGAAAAUACAACCAUUCCUAAAACAGAGAC